UCUUAUAUGUCAACCUUAUAGUUAGUGUUGCCAUGAUGAACUGAUAUAAGAUCGGAGCAAACACCUGUGCGUUACCUGAACUACAAGGUAAAUCAUAAAACUCAGCAGCGCACUACAGCCUCCUCUCUGGGUGCGGUGUGUGCACAGAUUUACACUCCCCCAAGCUAGUUUCCAGUAAGUAUGGCUGACAUUUUGACCCUUGCUUUUCUCAGGUGAUCACUGGUCAUAAAUUGUCUCCUCUGUGCCCGGAUGGAGGAGGGGCACCAUGGCCUUAGAGCUGGCAUUGACCUCUCUGUCCUUUCAGUUUGACAGUGAGCUCGGGAAAGACCAUCACCCCCUCCUUACCUUUUUUCCUCUCCUCUGAUCUUACUUCACAUCCCGACUGCUCUGACACCUCUUUCCCCCCCCUCCCUCACACAGGGUGGAGGAGGGGACCAGUGGCAGUAGAAAAUGGCUGCCAUGACAACGGUGCCCAGCUAUAGCCCCUCGCUGUGGGUGAGGAUGUGUCACGCCCUCCCCCGGCUGGACCUCACCAUGCAGAUGAGGGACAACAUCUUUGUCCCUGACAGCUGGGAGUACCAGCAGACCCUGCUGGUUUUGUCCAGUUUAUCAGCCAUUGCUCUCGUUCUCUCCCUCUUGGUGGUUCUCUCCUUCCUCAUACACUACUGCUGCUGUCACCGUGGUGACCGGAGCGAGGGAUCAGAGGAGGAGGAGGAGGAUGAAGACGGCAGCACGGGUCACGGUUACAGUGGGAAGAAGGGGCGGGGCAUCUGCUGCGUCACGUGGGUGGCGGUGGCGGCCGUCACGCUGUGCUGUGUUGCCAUAGGCAUCGGUUUCUAUGGCAACAGCGAAGCUAAUGAUGGGAUGUAUCAGUUGACCUCGUCUCUUCUCACAGCCAAUUAUACGCUAGCUUCCAUCGAUCUGCUGAUUUCAGACACGAUUGCUGGGCUGCAGCUGUCUGUCUCUGGCCCGCUGACCACAAUGGAGGAGCUCUUUACUGGCAGUAAACCCUUCCUGGUGUCGUUGCGGAACUGCCGGAGGUUAUCAGAGAAUGUGAUCAACCUCCUCUCCUCCAUCUCCCUGGCCCGGUCCAGCGUUGACGUCGGGCUGGGGAAUGACAGCAGUGUCAGUGGGGCGUCCAUCAUACCAUUGACCCCAGUACCGCCCUCAAUGGCUCCUACAGUGGUCCCUACCAGUGGCCUCAUGCCCAACCCCUUUUCACCUGGCUGGGCAGCCAACACGCUGAUGGUGAAUGAGGACUACAGGUGGCUGUCAUAUGUGUUGCUGCUGCUGCUGGACCUCAUAGUAUGUCUGUUCAUCUUACUGGGACUGGCCAAGCAAGCACGCUGGCUGCUUAUCCUGAUGACCGUGCUGGCGUGGCUGGCGCUCUUCCUCAGCUGGGGCUCCCUGGGCUUGGAGACUGCCACUGUAGUGGCUCUCAGUGACUUCUGCUCAGAUCCAAACACAUUCGUCCUCAACUCCACCCACUUCAACACUGGCACCAGCUCAGAUGUGUUGGAUUAUUACCUGACCUGCAGCAGGCGCAUGAACAGUCCGUUCCAGCAGCUGCUGACCCAGUCGCAGAGGGCACUGUCCAACAUCCACACACACCUCUCCAGCCUGGAAAGAAAUGCUCUCCCACAGUUCCCCAAAGCUGAGAAAUCACUCAGGGAUGUUCAGCAGAUACUCAACUCCACAGAGGGCAACUUUCAUCAAUUGGUGGCACUACUGAACUGCAGAGGUCUGAAUAAGGACUAUAUUGACUCGCUGAAAGGCCUGUGCUAUGAUGGGAUGGAGGGAUUGCUCUACCUCUCCCUCUACUCUUUCCUUUCUGCUCUGGCCUUCACUGCCAUUCUCUGCUCUCUGCCAGGUGCCUGGAGGAGCUUCCCCAGUGAAUCAGAAGAAUACGAAGACUCGGACAGCGAGAGUGAGGACCCCUUCACCUCCCAUCAGGCACGUAGACAGACGGCCUCGGGGUCUCAGCGAGGGGCCAUGGCCCCCUUCUAUAAUUACCCGGGGGCCGGGUGGACACCCCCCUUUUCUAGCGCGCCGCCCCUCCCGACUCCAAACGUUUCCUCCAAUGGCAACCCUGGCUAUGAGAGCCUACCCUUGACUGACAGGCAGUCCCCACCCCCCUCUUACUCUCCCAGCAUGCUGACUGGUUACGGGGGAAGUCAAUCACACCCCAACCCUGCCCAUUCAAGGAACCUAUAUUCACGUUGAUUUUUUUUUUUUUUUGGUUUUGUUUUGUUAGGAAAUGUAUAGAAAAAAAAAUAUGUUUAGUUUUCAUAUGAAUGGACACUUUACUGAAAUGAAAAAGAACUAAUCUAAAAUAAAAUGAAUGCUAGGUGUGAAUUCAAAGUGCGUAACGUCAGUACCACUGAGUAUUAUUACUAUUAUUAAAAGCACAUAAAAGAAACAAGUCUAAAUGGACUGUUGAUAUAACCGACAGCGAUAAUGCUGCAAAGGUACGAACCAAGUCCACUUGGUCUAAAUUCUUUCCCCUUGUCUGUCCAAACUCUGUGUAAACUGUGAACAGUGGUGAGGCAAGUAAGAAUGGUAUUGACGUUACUACGUUGUAGUUUUAUAUUCUUAAAUGUAUCAGUACCACCAAUUUAUUUUCAGGUUUUUAUAUAAAUAUUGUUGUAGAAAAGCACUGGCACGUAGCAACAAGACACUUUUUUUUCUGUGAAUGGUUAUGCAGUUCCUUCACUUGGUAUAAUUUUUUUUAUUAUUACUUUUUAUAGGUGGCAAUUCUGUAUUUUCCUUGUAUUACCUUAUGGUAUUCUGUAUAUCUCACUGUCUAUAAUAUCUGAAUAAUCAUGAACCUUUGCUCUUAAAAAAAAAAAAAUACUUGAGGACUACCAAGACCCUGUUUUAAUGAUCGAAUGGAGAAAACUACAACUGCCACUCAAGUCUUGAGAGUGGAGAACUACAAAUCCCAUGCAAUGACAGCAGGUACAUAGCAAUAUGAUUCUUGCUACUGGUGCUGCAGUAGCUCUACCGUAACUAGCAAUAAUAACUAUGUAUAGCAUUGGGUUUCUGAGAUCUCUCCAAGAUGUUUUGUGUAUAUAUGGUAUGGUAUGUUGGAGAUUUCAUUGAAUCCCCCAUCCUUGCCAACUGACCUUGUUAACCCUUGAAUUGAGUUUGUAUGGUAUUAUCAAUGCUCCUUUUGAAUGGCAUCCUUUUACACUCAAGAGUCUAAUAUAAAU